GAUUCAAAACCCCCUCAUCAAUCUCAGAUGAAACUAAGCUAGCAUUUCUACUCAAAACCAUUCUCUCUACUCCUACCUAUUAUAGUUUCCGGGAGUGAAGAUGGCAAUUCAGUUGGAGAAUUUGGUGGAGUCGAUAAAAUCGAAGGUGCGAUCGUUGAAGAAGUCGAAGAAGCCGUACGUUAAGAUGGACAAGAGCGCCAGCGUUAAGGUCGAGAUUCGCAGUCGCAAGGCCAGGAAACUCAUCGACAAGACUCUCAAGGCCGCCGAUCGCCCCGGAAAGAAGCAAAUCCCCUGAUUUGUUGCAGAUAAAUCGUCUUUCUGUUUAUGUUGUGCCUUUAUAUUUUUGUUUUUCCUUUUGAUUUCCUGCCUGUUCAUGUAUAGAAAUAUGGAAUUUCAGUCGGCCGAUUCUGUGUUUCUCCUUCGCGAAUCCAACCUACGUCGGUGCUUGGGGUUUGAAUCCACGAAACCGUUUCGGUUUCUUCCUUUUUAUUUUCUCUUUUUUCUUAGAAUUAAUUUUUAUUUUCCUCCUCC